AUGGAGCGCACUCAGCUUCUAGUCGGCAGUCUCGCAUUACUCCUAAUAACAAGCGCAGUCAGUGGUGCUGCGGCACAAGACGACUUAGCCGACUACACUGUGAUGAAUUUUCUGCAGGAUGUGCAACGCCUAGACAACUUUGAGCAGCUGGUUUUCACACGCAAUCGCAAUGCAACUGGAUUGGCGGCGUUCGGUGUAGCUGCAAAUAUUCCGUUGAAAAGUCGUCAUAAGGAAUUAAGACGCUACCAAAAUUUUAUGCUGGACUCGACUUUGGAUGAGUCACAAUUCGUGCGCGAUUUGAUGGCCGACCUUGGAGUGCCAGUUAUACUUAUGAACGAGCUGAGCAAGGUUUUAUUGGAACAGCAUUUCAGCGCCGCUCUGAUGGUGGUUGUGUACAUGGAAGAACCGCUUGCAGCACAGACUACAUUACUCAAAGCGCUGGUGGCUAGUUUGAAGCAUCGAACACAAUCCAAAAUAUUAUUUUUAAUAAACACUGAGAAGGCAAUGGCAACCUGUGAUGACGCGUUCCUGCAGCAGCUCUUUCAAUUUUGUUGGCGUAGUAAAAUGACUAAUGUGGUGGCGCUAUGCAGUGACUACAAGGUAACCGCCCGCUUCUACAGCUACAACCACUUUCCCGACUUUUCGCUGGAGCGCAAGUCGUUAAGCUGGGAUCUUUUCCACCAUGGUCCCAUCUAUCCACAACGUCUCGGCAAUUUACAGGGCUAUAAAUUGUCCUUUAUAAUGAGUGGCACUGAUCCACGCCUCGUUGUGUACGAUUACAAGGGUGAAAGAAUAAUGGGCGGCUAUGCUGGCCACUUCCUCACUAGCUUUGCAAGCAAGCAUAAUUGCACGCUCUACGAACCGCUGCCUGCUCCCUCGAUCACACGAUUUGCGCCAGCUCAGGAAUGUGUUGCCGCUGUGCGUAAUGGCACUGUCGAUAUCUCGAUUGGUCUUACUUUUCCUCGCAUGACUUCUGAUAAAAAAUUUACCUUUGAUGGCCUCACUUAUCCUUACGAGCAUGCGAAUUGGUGCGCUUGGUCGCCACUAGAACCAGAUGUACCGCACUAUGAAUUCUUUUGGAUUGUUUUCGAGGGUUUAGCAUUCGCCUUGACGUUGCUUACAAUCUUUGUUAUUUCGAUUGUGUUAAGUUUUGCACUCUGGCAGUACGACCACAAACCGGACAUGACUCGUUUUUUCUUGCAUGACGCAUGUCUACGCGGUGUAUUGGCUCAGUCCUUUCGGGAGCUAGCAUACGCUCCUUUCGUCAUACGCUUCAUCUAUUUGCAAAUCUGUAUACUUGGUAUUCUGUUAACCACCUCGUACAAUGCAUACUUUGCCGCUUACUGGACAAGUGCACCGAAAGAGCCACCCUUUCGCUCCUUCAAUGAUAUUCUCCACUCGAACAUGAAGGUUUACAUGUUUGCUCCAGAGUACAAUGAGUUGUUCGCUCGUGCCGAGGAUUUGCGAAAAUAUACGCCAAUGUUUCAGAUUGAGGGGGAUUAUCAAAGAUUUCUACGCACUCGUGAUGCAUUCAAUACGAAAUAUAUCUACAUGAUAGCAUUGAGCAAGUGGAAAAUCUUUAGAGAGCAACAAAAGGUUUUCACCACUCCGCUUUUCCGUAUGCGCCACGAUUUGUGUCUCUAUCACAAUAUUCCACUGAGCUUUCCCAUACACAGUAAUUCUAUAUUCGCAGAAAUAUUAAAUGAAAUGAUCUUGGAGACAAUGGAGUCAGGUCUAAUCGAACACUGGUCGCAGGCAUCGUUUUUGGAGUUAAUCAGAGCCGGUCGUUUGAAGUUUGUCGACUUGAGUCGCAAGAAUGAAUUCAGGCCAAUGAAAGUGGAGGACUUAAAAUACGUUUGGAUCGGAUAUGGCGUCAUGUGUUUGGUAGUGGUUUUGGUUUUCCUUGCAGAGCAAUGCUGCUAUGGAUGUAAGCGUAAAACUAAUCCUCCGGCCAUAAUGUGUUUGGGAGAAAAUUUUUGA